UGGAAAAAGAGAGAGCCGGCGUUCUCUUCGCGCGCCAAAGGAAGGGGCAUUCCAUAAUCUCGCCGGCGAUCUCAUUCCCCGCUGUGAUCCAUCCUUCUGUAUAUUCGUUCCAAGUAUCUUCGCCGGGUGUCUCAGUCAUUAGGGAAGGGUACAGAUACAUCUCCAGAUUUGACUGUUUCCCAGCAAAUUUAGGGUUAGGGUUUUGGGAGCACGAGCUCGACAAUGGGAACCAAAGUCCCGUACCAGCUGUUAUCCACGGUACGAUCCGUCGUGGGUUCGGAUUAUUCAGACAUGGACAUAAUCAGGGCUUUGCACAUGGCGAAUCAGGAUCCGACAGCCGCUAUCAACAUCAUCUUUGACACUCCGAGUUUCAGAAACCCUGAUUCAGGAGCUCGUAGCCCGAGUUGCUCUCAGAAGCCUGCCUCUAAUCGGACAAAGAGUGUCGAGAAUAGUAUCAAGGGUUGUCGAUUUAGUGAUAAUGGAAGUGUCGGAACGAACCCGGCAGAGGAAGGUGAGAGUGUUGAUCGCGGAGAAGUGGGUGUUUCGGGAAACGAGUGGUGGUUUGUGGGAUGUGCUGAAGUUUCGGGUUUGUCCACAUGUAAAGGGAGGAGAUUGAAGCCCGAUGAUGAACUGAAUUUCACGUUUCCGCCGAAGAAGAGGGUACCGAGCUCCGGAUCUACGCCUGGUAAAGGUUUCGGACGGGGAAGACAAGCUGUGACUGGUGGUUCUGAGAUUGUGAGAUUCUCUACAAAGGAUUCUGGAGAGAUUGGUAGAAUACCCAAUGAGUGGGCUCGAUGUCUACUGCCGCUAGUGAGUGAUAAGAAAAUUAGAAUAGAAGCUCGGUGUAAGUCGGCUCCUGAAGUAUUGGGCAUCAUGGACACUGUUCUUCUUUCGGUAAGCGUAUACAUAAAUAGUUCCAUGUUCCAAAAGCAUCAUCAGACUUCGCUCAAGACAGCCAGUAACUCUACAGAGGAAACAGUCGUUCAUCCUCUCCCAAAUCUGUUCCGGUUGCUUGGUUUGACCCCUUUCAAGAAGGCAGAGUUUACUCCUGAUGAUUUGUCCACGCGGAAGCGACCUUUGGGUUCUAAGCAGGAUGGUUUCAGUCUUCCUACUGCGUUGCUUCCAAUGAAUAAGGUCAAGAAUCAGAAUCAAAAUGUGAACGAAGAUGAAAAUGAGCAGUGUAUCGCUGAUGGUGAUCUUGAUAAUCUUGUUGGUGUUGGGGACAGUUCUGGCUUAGAGGAAAUGGAUGCUCCAAAUACUCUUUUGUGUGAACUUCGCCCAUAUCAAAAGCAGGCACUUCAUUGGAUGACCCAAUUAGAGAGAGGGCAUUUUACCGAUGAGGCAGGAACAAUGCUUCACCCAUGUUGGGAGGCAUACCGAUUAGCAGACAAGAGGGAUCUUGUCGUCUAUCUGAAUUUGUUUUCUGGUGAUGCCACGAUACACUUUCCCAGCACACUUCAAAUGGCAAGAGGAGGGAUUUUAGCAGAUGCAAUGGGUCUCGGAAAGACCAUAAUGACCAUUGCUUUUAUGCUUGUUCAUUCUCAUAGAGGAGCAUCACAUAGUGUUGACUCCAUCAUUUCAGAUGGAGAUAAAGAAAUCAGCCAUCUUUCAGAGGAAUCCACAAAUACUUCAAAUAAGGCCACAAAAUUUUCAGGUUUCGAUAAGCUACAUAAGCAGCAAAAUAUACUUGCGAAUGGCGGCAACCUGAUCAUAUGUCCUAUGACACUUCUAGGCCAGUGGAAGUCAGAGAUUGAAACACAUGUUAAGCCCGGGUCUCUUUCAGUAUAUGUUCAUUAUGGGCAAAGCAGGCCAAAGGAUGCAAAAGUUCUAUCGCAGAGUGAUGUUGUAAUCACCACGUAUGGGGUUCUAAGCUCAGAAUUUUCGGCAGAGAACUCUGAAGAUAAUGGAGGACUUUUUGCAGUGCGAUGGUUCAGACUGGUUCUCGACGAGGCACAUACCAUAAAAUCCUCGAAAAGCCAAGUUUCAUUGGCUGCAGCAGCUCUGGUUGCUGAUCGGAGAUGGUGUCUUACCGGAACUCCUAUUCAGAACAAUUUGGAGGAUCUAUACAGCCUUCUACGGUUUCUGAGGAUUGAACCCUGGGGGACUUGGGCAUGGUGGAACAAACUUGUCCAGAAGCCAUUUGAGGAAGGCGAUGAGAGAGGGCUAAAACUUGUGCAGUCUAUCUUGAAACCAAUUAUGUUGAGGAGAACAAAGUCUAGCACAGAUCGAGAAGGGAGGCCAAUUCUUGUUCUACCCCCCGCUGAUACUCAGGUCAUUUACUGCAAACUCUCAGAGGCUGAGAGAGAUUUCUACGAUGCAUUAUUCAAACGAUCUAAGGUCAAAUUUGAUCAGUUUGUUGAACAAGGCAGAGUGCUUCAUAAUUAUGCUUCAAUCCUGGAACUACUUUUGCGUCUUCGGCAGUGCUGUGAUCACCCAUUUCUCGUGAUGAGUCGUGGUGAUACACAGGAAUAUUCUGAUCUGAAUAAGCUUGCUAAACGGUUCCUCAAUGGAAAGUCAAAUGGUCUGGAAGGGGAAGAAAAAGACGUAUUACCAUCGGUGGCUUUUGUUCAGGAGGUGGUGGAAGAGCUCCGGAAGGGAGAGCAGGGCGAGUGCCCAAUAUGUCUUGAAGCAUUCGAAGAUGCUGUCUUAACACCAUGUGCUCAUAGAUUAUGCCGUGAGUGUCUCUUGGCGAGUUGGCGAAAUGCUUCUUCUGGGUUAUGUCCUGUCUGUAGGAAAACCAUAAACAGGCAAGAUCUGAUCACAGCACCAACCCAAAACAGGUUCCAGGUUGAUGUGGAGAAAAAUUGGGUGGAAUCUUCCAAGACAAUUGCUCUUCUACAAGAGCUUGAGAAUCUUCGUUCUUCAGGCUCUAAGAGCAUUCUCUUCAGCCAGUGGACUGCCUUCCUCGACCUCCUGCAAAUUCCCCUCUCUCGGAACAACAUUUCAUUUGUCCGUUUAGAUGGAACCCUUAAUCAGAAUCAACGGGAGAAAGUCAUAAAACAGUUUUCUGAAGAUAGCAGUAUCCUGGUGAUGUUGAUGUCUCUGAAGGCUGGUGGCGUCGGGAUAAAUCUAACAGCAGCUUGCAAUGCUUUUGUCAUGGAUCCAUGGUGGAACCCUGCUGUAGAGGAACAAGCAGUUAUGCGUAUUCAUCGUAUUGGACAGACCAAAAAAGUCAGUAUCAGAAGAUUCAUCGUCAAGGGAACGGUGGAGGAAAGAAUGGAAGCAGUACAGGCCAGGAAGCAGCGUCUGAUCUCAGGUGCCUUAACCGAUCAAGAAGUACGGACUGCUCGUAUCGAAGAGCUCAAGAUGCUCUUUACCUGAAACUAAGACCGGGAAAAAAGAAACAGAGAAAAGAUGUUCUUAUAUCAAAGCAAGCUCGGGUUUGUAACCCGGGAUUCAUUCGGGUGAUUAUUCCACCUGAUGCAAAUCUCCAGCGCUGCUAAAUUGGCAAAGGAGCAAACCUGGAGUGAUGGGAUGGAAGGAUGUUAGGAGCAACAAUUUCUUGGACUUUGGGUGUAUUUUGUUGUUUUUGUAACUAUAGGAGAUAUUAUGGAGAUUUAAAACUUAUAGGGUCUAAAUGAAAAAUAUAUUUCCUGCGGGAGAAGGGGCCGAUAUUUAAGUCUCAUUGAGAAAUAAAAAAAAAAUGGU